UUAUAUUAAACUUCGAUGGCAACACUGUUAAACAGUUACGCAUUCCGCCAUCCCCUUUUCGCUUCGAGAUUUUAUUGUUGAGACAGUCUUUGAUAAAGCUGAACAACAAUGCCAGAAAUGACGGAAGUUGACAAACCAGUCGUGGCAGAAGCCAAGCCCGAACAAAGUGAAUCUUCCACAGACAGCGACUCUGAUGAGGAAAUUCCUGAAUUGGAGGAUGCAGGAACAGCAAACGCUGGAUCUGCGGCAUUCCCGGGGGCAGCAGCCGCUGGCCUCCCCAUUGACAUGGUCUCGAAGGCGAAGCAGUCCCGAGGAGAGAAGAAAGCUAGGAAAAUCAUGUCCAAGCUUGGCCUCAAGCCGGUUCAAGGAGUUAGCAGAGUGACCAUCCGUAAAUCGAAGAACAUUCUGUUUGUGAUCAACAAACCUGACGUAUACAAGAACCCUGUCAGCGACACGUACAUUGUGUUCGGUGAAGCCAAAAUUGAAGAUCUGUCUCAGCAAGCGCAAGUGGCAGCUGCCGAGAAGUUCAAGGAAGUCAAUCCAGCAAGUGAUAGUGCAGCUGGUACUACCACGACAUCUGUAGCACCAAUUGCCGAAGAGUCUGAAGAUGAGGAGGUUGAUGAAUCUGGAGUGGAAGAAAAAGACGUCGAGUUGGUAAUGUCUCAAGCAAAUGUCAGUCGAGUUAAAGCCAUUAAGGCUCUGAAGAAUAACCAAAAUGAUAUAGUUAAUGCUAUCAUGGAGCUCACGAUGUGAGCUCUGAUUUUCUUUGUUUCGCCCUAUCCUUUUCAUUUUUCUUUCUCAUCAUUGGUAAUGCAUCAUGUAAGAACUCCAGUGUAAAUACAUUUAUUAUAAGCCGUUAUUCACGAA